AUGACGAAGAACUCCAAAGUGAGCAUUGCGCUCGGUGGCGGCCAGAGCGUGGCUCAGAUAAAAGGCGAUAUGUCAGAUCGGGAGGUUCAGCGUGUUUGUCAAGCGGCCUUGAAAGCGUGGAGGGUACUGGGUUGCUGCGAUUGUGGCCGGGUUGAUGUUCGCCUGGACAGCACAUCUGUUCCUUGCGUGAUGGAGAUCAAUCCAUUGUCAGGCCUUCAUCCCGAGAAGAGCGAGCUGGCUGCCAUUGGGAGGAACCAUGGCAUUCAUUAUGAUGAUUUGAUGGAGAUGAUUGUCCAAAAUGCCUUGAACCGAUAUGCGCCGUCAGAUGCAAAGAUAACUCCCACCCGUGCAGCAGGUCAAGGCUCUAGCAGACUAUAG